GACACCAAAAAUUUCUUUCAUCUCGUUAUCUACUUCUCAGAAAGGCGCGCGGAUAAUGCUCCAUUUUAUACAAAGACGAUGCCUGAACAGGCCUCUUCGUCUCUAUCGAACAUUGUCUACCGCUUCCCGAGCUGUAGAAAUUGCUCCCACGAACCAUGAAUUCCGUCCACCGCAGGCGCGUCAACGGACCUCACCCCCACCGCCCGUGUUCAGUCGUUCCCUGUAUAUCUAUGACCUUCCAGCGAACUACGAUGCCACACACGUAGUAAACGCCAUUGGGGAAGAACCCAUACAUCGAAUCAGCCUAGGGAAGGACCACAUGUAUGUGAACUUUUGGACGCCUACACAAGCCUCACGAGUUGUGAAUCGUACUGGUGGGAUGUUGACAGUUACAGGGAAUCAUGCCUCUCUCAGAUUCAACAAAACUGCUCAGGACCUCCUUUUGGCUACGUCUGUUGCUCAUCUGGGCGUUGCGAAGACUACGCGCGCAAUCUAUAUCUUCGGGGAGUCCGUGAAGGCGAAGUCAUUGGAGGGGUGGGAGGAACUAGUCCUUCAGUAUGGGCCAUUGGAGAGUAUAAAUUUUGGGACACAGAAGGACGGUUCCACGUUUCUUGUCGUCACAUUUUUGUCUGCUGAGCACGCUCGUAAGGCCAUGUCAGCACUGAAACACGGGCAUACCGUCAAGUAUCGGCGUGACUUUGAAGCUGCACAGAAGCCUGAUGUCAAGAGACGCGUAAUGUUGUCGGGACUCAGCCCUACCCUUUCCACAACCCUCUUGACAAACCAUAUUCUCGAUAUAAUAGCAUCGAUUGGCCAUGGGGAGAAGAUAGUAAAAAUAACCCGUAGCGGCCCUAAAAUUGGCAAAGCAGUCGUCGACUUUACCUUGCCUACCCAAGCGAGACUGUUUUACGAAUCUUUCCAAGCUGCGAACUCUAAUCCAUAUGGACUGACGGUAGAGCUGAAUGCAAUUCGACCCGUAUCUUCAUUUCUGUUCCAGGCCAUCCAUUGUGGUGCCAACAGAACAAUUCGUUUAUACACGGGAAAGGAAGAAAUUCCCAGAGACAAAUUAAUGGAGGAUUUUAAUACGAUGGGGCAUACCACUCAAGUGUACUCGAGAGCAGGGACGGCGUUCAUUACUUUCUCCUCUCUCUCCGAUUCGCUCAAAGUUGUCAGUGACCUUGCAGCUGGCCGACACGAUCUUGAGGGCUAUACGGGCUUUUCGGUUACGUUUGCCAAGAACGACCUCCAAGCGGCCCUGAAAUCGGCGGUUGUUGCUGAGCCAAAGGGCAUUAGAGGUGAGGAGGAGCUUGAAGGGGAAGCUGAUCCUGCGGACAUUAUUGUUGAUGUUAUGGCGUCGGAACCCUCUUCGGAGCAGAGAUCAGAAACGACACCCGUUUCUUCAGAGAUUGGAGAGGUGACUCCUACACAGGAUAUCGAGUUCCCUGCAGAUGUACCCACAGAGAGCCCCGCAAGGACGGAGCCAGUACCUCCUAGCUCUUCGGCUUAAAAUUAUGCUAUUUUUCAAAAAUAGUUCUGCAUAAUCAAUGACGUCACCCCAUUCAUUGUGUUACUUUUCGGAAUCCGCCCUCUUUC